UUUACCUUCAGAUUUCUCACUUUGUCGUCGUUCCUUCCAAUUUCUCCGGCCAUUUCUCUCCGCCGACACAUCUGCUUCAUUCCAAUUUUCAAGCAAAAAAAGAAAAGGGGUUGCUGAACCCUCCACAGAACUGAACCCACUAAUCUCUCUUUCUCUCUUUCUCUAUUCUUUCAUCACUCUUACCCAUGUUCGCCUUCAAAGACAAAGUUACCGACAGCCUUUCCCGUCUUUUCGCCGAUUCGCCAGAUUCAGCUUCUCGUUCCUCGACUCCACUCCACGGUGACCCUUCUCCGGGCAGCAGGUCAUUCUCUAAAGGAGGAAAUGCUUUGUCUUCCUACUUUUCCUAUAUUCUCCCGUUCUCGGGUUUUGAAGGACCCAAAUCAAACCAACCUCAGAAAAAUUACAAGCUACAUCAACCUCGCCCCGUGCCAUAUGAUAUUGUCAAUUUUGAUUCUCUAGAACCAUUAGAGUGCAGUUUAGUGUGUGAAAACAAAGGCAUCCGAGACAAUGAGGAAGAUUUUGAUGACUCUGUCUCUGGAAGGAGUACUAGUAGUUCUGAAGUAUUUGAAGAAGCAACUUGCCAAAGUAGUCCGGAAAAGAUUGUGACAAAUCUCACGGUUGAUUCUGUUCUGAUUUCCUCUGACACCUAUGAUUUCCUGCUACAACAUCUUCCUAAUAUUGUGAAAGGGCGACAAUGGAUAUUGUUAUAUAGUACAUUGAAACAUGGCAUAUCUCUUCGAACACUCAUUCGCAAAAGUGGUGAACUUUCUGGUCCUUGUUUGCUGGUUGUUGGUGAUCAGCAGGGUGCUGUGUUUGGCGGUCUACUAGAAUGCCCAUUGAAGCCUACUGCAAAGAGAAAAUACCAAGGAACAAAUCAAACUUUUGUCUUUACCACCAUGUGUGGUGAACCACAGCUCUUCAGACCAACCGGAGCAAACCGCUAUUUCUACAUGUGUAUGGAUGAUUUACUGGCACUUGGUGGUGGCAGUAACUUCGCAUUACGGCUUGAAGAAGAUCUAUUGAAUGGAACCAGUGGACCAUGUGAGACGUUUGGUAACUCAUGCUUGGCACAUACCCAGGAGUUUGAGUUGAAGAAUGUUGAGCUCUGGGGUUUUGCCCAUGCUUCGCAAUAUGUUUCUUGACGAAGAUGGGAUGGAACAUGGAAUGUUUUGCAGUUUGUGUUACAUUAAGUUAUUGGCUAAGCACCAUUUACAUUCUCCAAUAUUCUUUUCAUUUUUCCACUUUCAACUUUAGAUUCUUAGAUUCAAAUGUCUUUAGUAUCUUAUAAUUAGUGAGAAGGGUAAUAGAUUGGUUCUUUAAAUUAAUGUCUUAUUUAUGUGAACCACAGAAUUAAGCAUUAUUUACAUUUCAACGUCCGGUUUGUAUUUGAACCACAGAAUUUCAUUCUUUCGUAAUUCAUGCACUUUUCAAUA